AUGGUGCAUCGAGCUGAUCCGGAUUGGUGGAUCUAUGCUCCGACCUAUGCUCUCGGCGCUGUUCUUUGCCUUCUGCAAGCUCCGGGAAGUAUUAUUUGGCGCGCCGCAAGCGCCCUCGUUAUCCUCUUCGGAAGUGCGCUAAUUGCGUUCCUGAUCUGGACGAUGCAUCACGUCGCCGCCGCCGUCACAGACGAUCCCUUCGAUGAGGGCCGAAAUGUACUGUUGCUGGCCUGUGCAGUGGCCAUGACAAGUGGCGUACGCUUGCGCACCGCGCACUAUCAGCGUAGUGUUGCGUACGUGAGGACGGCGCUUCUGCUGUUGGCAAUGGUGGUGGCGGUAGCCGGGAUAGCCUAUUCGCUGUGUUUCUACACCAACGCUCUCCCUUACUGCUCCAUUCGAUUCUAA